GCAGGAGGCGGGACCUCUGGCGGGCGCGGCCGUUGCCAGGCCCUUUAAUUUCCUGGGACACCGUGUUUGUGUGUCCGGGCGGUGCUUCUGGCAGGUUUGCGGCUGCUGCCUGUGACCCAGCGGUCAUGAGUCGGCCCAGCCGGCUGCAGAGGCAAGUUUUGAGCCUGUACCGAGAGCUGCUGCGCGCCGGGCGGGGGAAACCGGGCGCCGAGGCACGGGUGCGAGCCGAGUUCCGGCAGCACGCCAGCCUUCCGCGUUCCGACGUGCUGCGUAUCGAGUAUCUGUACCGCCGGGGAAGGCGCCAGCUGCAGCUGCUGCGUUCCGGCCACGCCACGGCCAUGGGUAUCUUCGUGCGCCCUCGGGACCCGACUGAGGAACCCGGCGACAUGGCAACCCCAGGGACCACGCUGCACGAUAGCGAUGGCCCAAAGAGUCCUUGUGAAGGCACAGAGCCGCGGGAGACGCGAUCCGAUAGACGGUGACAGACCCAGGGAAGGGUCCCUCCGGACGGUUUGGGGGGAAGAUCGGGAGCUCAUCUGAUGCAAAGUGAGCUAGAUGUCUUGAGAGGCAGCCGAAGUUUCUUGAUGCACAGUGAAAGAUCAGACACUCCCUCACCAAGAAGGGUCCAGGCGUGGUGUGGCACCGGCAGGCUGCACCGUGCACGCUGUGAUGUACCAACCCAAAGUCAAAGAGGGCACAAACGCACCUCCUCCUCCCCACGGACGAGUGGGAGCCGAGACACCUCUCUUGACUUCUGAGAACGCACCCACCCCGCGCUCCUGAGGGCCUGCCCUUUGUUGUUUCUAACGCGGAGAGAAGCAGACUUUUUGCCUGAGCAAGUUUAAUAAAAGGCCCUGAUGAGCCGAGAGAAACUUGUAGUUGGGUUUGGGAAACCGUUGUUCCACGCAUUGUGACAAACCAGGAUGAUAAGGGAGGGUUUACAGUAGUUCAUCCCAGCUGAUCAGCCAAAGACUCCUGGAGAAUCCCUCCUGCAUGGUUCUAAGAGGCAGUCCCUACCCCGCUAGUCUUCCUCAGGAUUCUUGUGUAAAGGGAAUAAAUGUGCUUACUUCUUGUCA